UUUUUAAUUAUUAUUGAUGUAUGUCAGUCAUGUUAUUUGUUCCAAUUUCGCAAUCAGUAAUUUUUGUUUAAAUAUUGAAAAUUUAUAAGGAUUUUUAUUUAAGUGCCGUGCCCAAACAGAUUUAAUACAUCCCGAUGAAAACAUAACAUUUAACUUAAAAGGUUUCAAGUUUCUGAAGAAAAACUUUCCUAUAAUGAAAUUGGAAAAGAUCGCACGGUCUAUUAAAUAGAAUUAAAUUAUCAUGGCUUAAAAGAUCAUCAUUUUUGAAAGGUAAAAAGUCAAAAUUAGACCCAAACAUGGUUCCAAUACCAGCGGAAUAUAUGCCUGACUUUUGGAAUCAGGUUUCUUCAGAAAGUCCUUUAGUAGAGUUGACCUGUUUACUUCCUAAUGGUAUUAUAAUAUUACUGAGUGAAAACUAUAAUGCUACGCUAUCAGAAAUCAAAGAGGAUCUUUGGGAGAAAGCCUCACGUUUUCCCCUGUUUGGCAAACUCCAUGACAUGUCUGUAUACAUAUUUAAAAUUAUUAACUCUAUGGCAGAAGAGGAAGAGUUAAUAGAUGAAUCAAGAAGGAUAAAUGAUAUUAGGCCAAUUGGGGGAGUUUUGAUUAUCACUGAAUGUAGAGGAAAUUCUACAGAUAAUUCGAUAAAUGUUGCUAUAGGACAUUUAAUUGGAAAAGGUUUGCAAGAUUUUGAUGCACUAAAUAGCACAGAAAUAAAUGAUUUCCGUUUCAAAAUGAGGAAAGUUGGUGAUGAAAUUUUUAAACAAAGGCAUAAAGGUACAUGGUUGGAUAAACUGUUACAUCAAUUCCCUCCUCGCGUUGCCAAGAUUGAUAAAGUUUGUAAUCAAUUUUCACGUGAAUCCAUGCAAAUUAGAAUAUACUGCAAAAGUGAAUAUGAUAUUCCUGAAUCAACAAAAGAGAUAUUGCAACAUAGAUUUGAUUUUGAAGUGGAUUGUUCUUCGACACCCAAUAAAUUAUUAGAAAUGGUUUUAUCAAAAAGGGCAACUGUGUUAAAUAUUAAAAAUCAGAAAAUACUGGAAUAUGUGUUAAAAAUUUGCGGAAGAGAUGAAUACUUACUUGGCUAUUAUCCGUUGCUUCAGUUUCAGUAUAUUCAGGACUGUUUAUCAUAUUCGGAACGACCAUCAUUUUUAAUUGUACAUGUUGACCGAAUACCAGUUGUAAAUAGUAUUUAUGCAAAUAUAGAUCCUUUGGAGUCUAGAAAAUCAAGGACAUCUUAUAAUUUAAGUAAUACUUUGAGAAAGAAAAAGAAUAUGAAGUCUUCGUGGGAUAUUAAUGACAGUUAUGCCAUUACUCUAUGCACUGCCAGUAGAUUAAAUUGUGACAGCAAAAAACAAACAGAGCUUGGUAUUCAAGUGGGACUGUUUCACGGUGGCAAACCCUUAUGUCAACCUCUCAAAACCGAUGAAAGAACCGUAAAUGAAAGUAACGAAAUUAGUUUUGACGUUUCUCUGGAGUUUGACAUUCAAAUAUGUAACAUGACUCGCAAUGCGAAGCUCUGUUUUGCUAUUUAUGAAGUGAACAAGUAUUCGAAGGGAACCAAGCCUAAGAAAAUGAAAGAGACAAGGGAAAGUCAAAUAAACCCGAUAGCCUGGGCCAACACUUCGGUGUUUGAUUUCAAAGGCCAGUUGAGAACGGGUGCUAUGACGUUGUAUCUGUGGACAUACGCGGAGGACAUUAUGUCAGAUGACGUAUUGCAUCCGUUGGGUACGGUUGUCAGUAAUCCGAAUACCGAGUAUGCAACCGCUUUGACUUUGGUUUUUAAAAGUUAUACCAAUGAUCAACCAGUCAUUUAUCCUUCUGUUGAGGAGGUAAUGGAAUACGCUAAUAUAGUAGAAGAGAAUGAGCACAAAUGUAUCGUAUGCUCAACAGGUAUUGGACGUAAUAAAGACUUGUGCUUAAAAUUAUAUUAUUUGGAUAAUGUGGACGAUUUGCAUGACCAGGACAGAAACAAUAUUUGGGCGCAUCGGAGACUUUGGAUGCAUCGAAACCCAGACUUGUUUCCAAGAUUGCUGAUGUGUCUAGACUGGAACAAGAGAGAGGAAUUCAGCCAAGUGGCCGUGCUGGUAAGGCACUUACCCAAACUAUCCAUAGAAAAAGCUUUGGAAUUGCUGGACUACGCUUAUGCCGAUCAGGAUGUAAGAAGUUUUGCCGUGCGUUGCUUAAUGGAUAUGAGUGAUGAGGAUCUUUUAUUGUACCUGCUUCAAUUAGUACAAGCUAUUAAACACGAGAUGUACCUGGAAAGCGACCUAGUGAACUUCUUAAUUCAGAGAGCUUUAACUAACCAAAGAAUAGGGCAUUUUCUUUUUUGGCAUUUAAGAUCGGAAAUGCAGGUACAGUCGGUAUCUGUGAGGUUCGGGUUGAUUUUGGAGGCUUAUUGUAGAGGCAGUCAAGAAAAUAUACCCGAUUUCCAAAAGCAACUCAAAUUUGUGGAGAAGCUGAAAAGCCUCUCUGAUAUAGUGAGCAAGAGAAAAGACAAAGAGAAAGCCAGAGCAGCUGUGAAGGAAUAUUUAUCCACUUGCGGAGAAAUAGACAAUCUCAGGAGUCCGUUGGAUCCUGGUAUUAGAUGUAAUUCUAUAAAGGUUGAAAGGUGUAAAGUAAUGGAUAGCAAAAUGAAACCUUUGUGGAUAGUGUACGAAAGUUCGGACAAAGAAUUUGUCGACGACGAUAUUUAUAUUAUUUUUAAAAACGGUGACGAUCUUAGGCAGGACAUGUUAACGUUACAAAUGAUCAAAAUUAUGGAUAAAUUAUGGCGAAGCGAAGGUCUUGAUCUCAGGAUGAAUCCCUACAAUUGCAUAUCAUUAGAACACAGAGUGGGAAUGAUCGAGGUAGUACUGAACGCGGAAACCAUAGCCAACAUACAGAAAGAAAAAAGUUUUACUCCCACAGCUUCGUUUAAGAAAGGACCCAUACUAUCCUGGUUAAAAGAUUAUAACAGGACGGAGAAUUCUUUGAAACAAGCUAUACAAGAAUUUACUUUGUCAUGCGCAGGUUACUGUGUUGCCACGUACGUUUUAGGCAUUGCGGACAGGCAUUCUGAUAAUAUAAUGGUUAAGAGAACUGGACAGUUAUUUCACAUAGAUUUUGGUCAUAUUUUGGGCCACUUUAAAGAAAAAUUCGGCAUCAAACGAGAAAGAGUACCUUUUGUACUUACACACGACUUCGUAUAUGUCAUAAACAAAGGUCAAAAAACCCAACAGGGUCCCGUUUUGGAAUUCAAAAUAUUCCAGGAUUACUGUGAGAGAGCUUUUAUGGUCUUAAGAAAGCACGGGAAUUUGAUUUUAUCAUUGUUUUCGAUGAUGAUAUCUACGGGUCUUCCCGAACUGAGCUCCGAAAAGGAUCUUCAGUAUCUAAAGGAAACAUUAGUUCUCUCCAAGACUGAUGCAGAAGCUUUAGCUCACUUUAGAGCGAAAUUUGAUGAAGCGUUAACUAACUCUUGGAAAACGUCGCUGAACUGGGCUUCACACAAUAUAGCAAAGAACAACAAAGCAUAGUGAUUGUAUAUAAUAGGUUUUAUUUAAAUUAUAAGUUGAAUUUAUUAGGAAUGUGCCAAUGUUGUUGAAGUACCUCAAGAAAAAAAAAGAAGUAAAGAUAUGGAGCAUCUUAAAA